AUGUCAGACCCGGUUGUUCUGCAGUCUGCGGUGCGAGUGCCCACUCCACCUCCCGGGGCAUUCUCGCCGACCGCAGCCUCUCGAAAGCGCUCUCCUCCCUCUCGAUCGCCAUCCCCCAACCGCCGUCGCUCACCUCCCGGGGACUCGCUCAUAGGUGAUGCCGAUGUACCCCGUCUCGACGAUGAACGCGCAAUUGAGCGGGAGCGACAGCUCGCCGAGCGUGUUCGCGAGCAUGAGAAGCUGGAAGCCGCCCGCAAGCCCUUGACCGAGGAGGAGAAGCAGGCCGCGGCCAAAGCCGAGUAUGAGAAGCUCCUUAACAUGCGGUCCGGUGGUACCUACAUCCCUCCGGCACGACUCCGCGCUCUGCAGGCCCAAAUCACGGACAAGACGAGCAAGGAGUAUCAGCGCAUGGCGUGGGAGGCCCUCAAGAAGUCGAUCAACGGUUUGAUCAAUAAGGUCAAUGUCUCGAAUAUCAAGUACAUUGUCCCAGAGCUGUUUGGCGAGAAUUUGGUCCGGGGACGCGGUUUGUUCUGCCGGUCGAUCAUGAAAGCGCAGGCUGCCAGUCUGCCGUUCACAGCUAUCUACGCAGCCAUGACAGCCAUUGUCAAUACAAAGCUGCCCCAGGUCGGAGAGUUGCUGGUGUCUCGGCUAAUCAUCCAGUUCCGCAAGGCGUUCAAGCGAAAUGACAAGGCCGUCUGCAUCUCCUCCACGACCUUUAUUGCACACCUUGUUAACCAUCAAGUCGCCAACGAAAUGCUUGUCGCGCAGAUUUUGCUCUUGCUUCUCCACAAGCCAACAGACGACAGCGUGGAAAUUGCAGUUGGACUGACUCGGGAAGCCGGCCAACACUUGGAGGAGAUGAAUCCCCAGAUCGCGAAUGCCGUGUUCGACCAGUUCCGAAAUAUCCUUCACGAAGCCGAUAUCGACAAACGAGUGCAGUACAUGAUCGAAGUGCUGUUCCAAGUACGCAAGGAUCGGUAUAAGGACAAUGCAGCAAUCAAGGAGGAACUCGAUCUAGUGGAAGAAGAGGAUCAGAUCACGCACCAAAUCGGGCUGGAUGACGAGGUCGAAUCUCAGGACACGCUGAAUAUCUUCAAGUUUGAUCCGGAGUGGGAACAGAAUGAGGAGAAAUAUAAGAAGUUGAAGGCCGAGAUCUUGGGCGAGGACAGCGACGAGGAUGAAGGUGAUGAGGACGAAGACGAGAGCUCGGAAGAUGAAUCGGACACCGAGGAACAGAAGAUAGAUAUUAAGGACCAGACGAACACCGACCUGGUCAACCUUCGUCGGACCAUCUACCUGACGAUCAUGUCGAGUAUUGAUUUCGAAGAAUGUUGUCACAAGCUGAUGAAGAUUAACCUCCCAGCCGGUCUGGAGCCGGAACUGCCGUCUAUGAUCAUCGAGUGCUGCUCCCAGGAACGGACAUACUCGAAGUUCUACGGCUUGAUCGGAGAACGGUUUGCCAAGAUCAACCGCCUUUGGUCUGAUCUGUUUGAGGCUGCGUUCGCCAAGUACUACGAUACCAUCCAUCGAUAUGAGACGAACCGCCUGCGCAACAUUGCGCGGUUCUUUGGGCAUAUGCUCAGCAAUGACGCUAUUGGCUGGCAUGUUGUGUCUGUGGUUCAUAUGAACGAAGAGGAGACCACAUCCAGCAGCCGUAUCUUCAUCAAGAUCCUGUUCCAGGAUCUCGCAGAGAACCUUGGUCUCCCCGGCCUGCAGGUCCGUUUCAGAGACAACGUUCUGCGGCCCAGCUUCGAGGGCCUGUUCCCCACAGAGAACCCGCGCCACACUCGCUUCUCAAUCAACUACUUCACCAGCAUUGGUAUGGGUGUGUUGACGGAAGACAUGCGCGAGCAUCUCAAGAACGUCCCUCGGCCCACCUUGCCCGCUCCGCCUGCACGGACGUCACGCUCGCCAUCGGAUCGCUCAUACUCGCGGUCUUCAUCCUAUACCGGCUCCUCUCGUUCGCGCUCUCGUUCCUACUCCCGUUCCCGUUCCCGCUCGUACUCCUACUCUCGAUCUCCGUCCAGGGUCCGCGGCCGCUCCUACUCACGCUCUGUCACACCCUCUUCACGGGGCCGGAGCUACACACCCUCGCGCUCGCGAUCUCCUGCCCGCCGUAGUCGACGGGAUGCUCCGCAUAGCAGGUCCCGCUCGCCCUCUGACCGCUCUCGCUCCCGGUCGAGGACCGUAUCACGCACUCCGCCUCGGCGCAUCCGCGCACGCUCCUCAUCGCGCAAACAUAGCCGCAGCCCGUACCGCCGCUCCGUCUCCAGGUCAGUUGCCCCUCCACGCCCGGGACCGGCUGCAGCGAGCCGGCGAGACCGCAGCUACUCGAGGUCACCUUCUCGAUCGGUUUCACCCCCUCCUCGUGAGCCGGUAGCCAAGAGCGCAACACGGUAUUCGUCGGCACCGGCGUCUCCUCCGCCUCGCCGUGGUCGUAACCAGUCUGUCUCUCUCUCGCGCUCGCGCUCUUCAAGAAGACGUGACGACUCGCGGGGUAGAAGCCACUCGCGGACGCCGCCUCGCCGUCGAUAA